AUGCCCCAUUUGAGAGUGUUAUCUCUAAAGGGCACGCCAUUCAAAACAUUCUCCCUUGAUGCACCAUGGUUGGGCCAAUUACGUCGUCUUACUUUGUCAGAUCUGCAUGGAUUUGAUGCAACGGAAGUGCCCUAUGCACUUGCUCGCCUUCCUCUCCUGGAGCAUCUAGUGCUAGAACUCGCACUCCCGAGGGAUGCAUGGGAGCUGGUGGAACCAAUUCUGCCCCGCCUUCGCAGCUUGUACAUCACGGACUCCUUCUCCGCAGCGGCUUAUCUUUUGAGGUACAUCGCUCCCAGUGAUGGUUAUUCUCUUUCCAUGGAUUUACAGGUAUCCAACCUUAUAAUGCCCAGCCAGGAAACGCGCUAUUUUUGCGAUGCAAUAAAACGCUAUAUCAACAACUCUUUUAGAUGCGGUUCGACCUCCGAGUCAUUACUUUUUGUACCAGGCCCUCGAAGUUUCAUUUUCAAGGGCUCUAAAGCUCAAAUAACUUUCCCUGUAUCCAAAUUCUUGGAAGAUAGGAACAGGAUUGGAAACCCAAUAACGAUGCUCGACAUAACAGCGUUAAGCAACCAUGCCUCGGAAAAUCUGGACAGUGGUUUUGAUGGUGUUGUACCAGACUGGACACACUUGGACUAUGAAUUCCCAGGAUUGUGGGUUGGAUACAGCAUGUCGGGUUAUAAAUGUGGCACCGGUGCACCAGAGAAGUUGGGCCUUUUGGGUAGGAACUUGAAACCGGAAUCAACGCCUGAUAUUGCGAGCAGCACCGUACACGGUCCGAGUACAACAAAGAUCUUGUUUGAAGAUCUUAUGUAUUACUAUUAA